AUGGCCCCCAAGCUAACAAGCAAAAGUGAGGAAGAGCCCACGCGGAGCGGUGUUCGUGGCUCCGCGGCCGCGCUCUAUUCCGCCGCCGCAGCAGCCGCCUUGCUUCGCCGGCACAACUCCAGCCGCCGCGUGCCCCUUCUCUCCACACCCGACGCGGGCCCUUGCGCGCGCCGCGUCGCUGGGUCCGCGCCAAGCCGCCAACUGCGGCGGCGGCGGCGCUACGCCACCUGCUGCCGGGCGCAGUGCCGUGCCGCUAAAGGUUUCUGUUUCAAUGUGUAUUCUACUCUUAUGGCUCCAGCAAGUGAAGUGCCGAUUCCAUCAGAACUUCUUUCUAGCCAAGACUGUGUGGACACCAGACCGGGAGCUUCGGUUACAAACUUCCAUAAUGAGGACAAGGGCUUCAUGGCUUUGGAUGAUGAUGUUUUUGAUGUUCCAAUUAGGAAGGAUAUUGUUCACCGGGUAUUUCAUGGUGGUGCAACCAUCCAUGGGUCUAAACCACGAAGCCAUGCAAUCAAGCUGCAGAAGAAAGUACGGCAGCUAUGGCUUAAGAUUGCUUUGUCUGCUCAAACUGCAGAGGGGAAGGAUUUUCUCUUAGAUGAGGUGAUUUAA